ACACAGUCUGUUCCAGGCUCUAUGCCUGCUACAAAAACGGGAUUCAAUCGGGUGUUGGACGACUUGGCUCGACGCCAGCUGCAUUUGGACUUUGAAUUUGGUACCGCUGCCGAGAAGUACGAACCAGUUCGUAGUAUAGGAGCUGGAGCUUUCGGAAUCGUUUGUGAAGCUGAGGAAACGACCAGUGACGGCAAUGUCACCAAGGUGGCAAUCAAAAAAAUCGGUCAUGCUUCUGCUACUCCCACCCUAGCACGUCGGACAUUACGAGAGAUACGAGUUUUGCGUCACGUGCAACACGAUAAUAUUGUGUCAAUGAGGGAUAUAUUCCGUACACGGGGACCGUUAGGAAUCAAUGUAUAUCUAGUUAUGGAUCUCAUGGAGUACAGUCUUCAUCAAGUUAUCCAUGGUUGCUCGAACGAAUUGGACGACUACUUGAUAAGAAGAUUUCUUUAUCAACUGCUCAUGGGCCUUCGAUACCUUCACACAGCUGGCAUUGCACACCGUGAUCUGAAACCGUCAAACCUGCUGGUGAACAGCGACUGUACGCUACGCAUUGCCGACUUUGGCAUGGCAAAACUGGCGAUGAAGGAUCACAUAGACGAAGCCGACGAGCAUUGCUUUUACAUGACACAACAUGUCGCUACUCUUCCUUAUAGAGCUCCAGAGUUGCUCUACGUCAUGCCAGAACACUCGACGGCCGUUGAUAUGUGGGCUGUUGGUUGUAUAUUUGCUGAAAUGAUUCUGAGGAGAGAGUUGUUCCCUGGCCGCAGUGUGAGCGGUCAAAUAAAAAUCAUCCUUACAAUGCUGGGAGCCCCGUCGCAAAAGAUUCUGGACGAGAUUCGCUGUGAACGUACGCGACGACUUAUCGAGAACUUCGGAGACCACGCUCAGAGGCCAUGGGCAGAAAUAAUGUACUGCAGAGAAAGAGAGGUUUCUGAAGAGGUGAUCGAUUUGAUUUCAAAGUUGAUCGUCGUUGACGUGGACGAUCGUAUUGACGUACACGGCGCUCUCAAUCACACAUACAUUACCCAGAGUAUCAGUCCGGACGAGCUCCGUGCUCAAAAAGCUUGUCCAUUCAAAGUCAAAAUGGAUAUGGCUGCUGUCGAGACGUUGACACAUCAGGAGCUAGCCGAAGCAUUGAACAGGGAUGUACGAUCGGCCGACUGUUCUCUUUACUCUGUGCACUCCGGAGGCUCCGAAGGCUCGAAGAACUCCACAGAAUGCUCGUCCGCGGAGUCGGAAGAGGGCAGCGGUGCAAGAUGUGAAUUCGGUGGAGGACUCAGUCCUAUAAUGACUGCACUUUAAUGUGCUGACCAUGCCGGUGAUGGCUACAAGAAUGCGCUCGCUCUACAAAAUAAUUAGAAGAUAUAAUCCAGUUAAAUCCGAAGAAGCGGGACCGAACGAGCCAUAUGUGUACACUGAAAUUUCUCCUAGGUUUUUCCUCUAAACCACUAUUUCUUAUUUUCUAGUCGUAUUCUAUUGCUAGGUACAGAUACUCUUCAGAGUGAGAUAAUUCGUAAUUGCAUUGCUACUUCAUGUGUUUGCUUUCACUUUCAAAUAUGCUCAAAUGCUAAUCGUUCCUUUUGGAACUGCUGCCCAUGCUUUGCUUAUGUAUGUAAGCUGUUAAUAUUCUACUGCCGAAAUGUACCCUAUUGGGUAUGCCUAAGUGAACUUUUUAUACACGUCCAUGCUAUUGCUGUCUUUUCUCUUUCAACCACAUCCAAGGACGAAGAGCUGUUCAGCCGUCAACGAAAAAGCCUUGAUCGUAUCGAUGGUGCUGAUAUCCCGUGCUCUUUCAGAAUCUCAUCGGAAUCUAUUUUAUGUCAAUAAAUGAUGUGUGUGUG